GUUGUGUGGAGAUUGUAGAUAUUAAUAAGCUACGAAGAAUGAAAUCACAAAAGCUUGAACCGCAGCUGUAUGCAUUUGGUUCAACUGUGUAUCGAGUUGCCUGGGGGCCUUUACUAUUUUCUGAUAUAUAUCGUAGAAAGGCAAAUAAAAGUGAAGAGAGAACUAGCGAAAUCAAUCAUUCGAAAUCUGAUAAUUCUAGCAUUUCAACAACGCAUUUAAUUGCACAAGAAGAUGAGAAUUCCACCGAGGAUAACGAAGCCUCAUCUAAGGUUUCUUUCUACGUUUACAGCAUAAGUAAGGGUAAAAUUUACUGUCAUUUUGGAUGCAGUCGUCCACCAAUUGAUGUUAGCACAAAAUUCCCCCGUUUUCCGGGUACUACAGAUGAAGACUGGAAAGCAUUGAUCCGUAGUGAGAUAUCAUUCCGUCUUGUCAGUAAAUCUGAACUACCGGGUGUCGAUCUAAUUGCUGAUACUUUUAGCUGUUUAGUAGCUGUUGGUUAUCGUUCAGGUGAAGUUGACAUUUAUGGUUUCUUACGUUCAAACUCAUCAAAUUGUGAGGAGGAGGUGAGGGAGAAGGAGUCUAGACGACUUGUCUUUAUUUGUCGUAUUGUGAAUCAUUCGAAGUGUGUUAACUGUUUAACUUGGUCACGAGAUCAUUACUGGUUGGCUGUAGGUUCCAAUGAAACCUUUAUCACUGUCACAGAUGUCAAAAUUCAAUUAAUCAACUACCUUAAUCAAGGCGAAUACUGUAAGCUGCCGAUUGAACUGUCUACUAGUUUAGCUCGUUUAGCAGGACAUUACAACAGAAUCACAUGUCUAGAUUGGUCUCCACACGAUCCAUUUCUCUUAUUAUCUGCUUCCUUUGACAGUACAGCUAAUGUUUGGAGAAUUCAUCCUGAAAAUAUUGAAAAAGAUAAUUUUUCAAUCUCUAAUUUUCGUGCACUUCGUUCACGUCAUUUUGCUUGUCUAUGGAGUCGUCAAGAGCCUGAUCUUGCAUUCAGUGGUGGUGAGUUAUGUCAUUUAUUCGGUUGGCAACCCUCCGAACAACUCUUCAGUCAACCACCGCACACUCGCCGACAUCGUCCACCCACUGUUAAAAAACUUGUAAAUGAUCAAGAAGCACCGUCCAACGGAGAUAUUUUGUGUUGUGAGCCUGUUCCAACAAAAACAGAAUCCCUUCCUGAUUCUAAAGCACUAAAUGACGAAGAGUUAGAACAAAAGAAAGUAAUAAUAAAAUCGAAUGACAUCCUACCUAAUGGUACUUCUCAUCAAGAAAUGUCUAUUCCACGACAGUGUAAUUCGUCUCGGAAAGUAAAUUCUGCUGGCAUUCGUGAUAGAAGGAAAAGACCUGCUCUUUUUCCUAAUUUAUUCAAUUUUAUGAAUGCUAAUACUAAUAAUUGUGAAUUAGAUUUAGAUAACUCUCCACCCAUUCAACUAGGAUGUUUUCUUUCACAAAUUUUAAAUGCUUCAAAUUUCGUAAGUGAACAAAUGAAUGACAAACAAGUACAAAUUGAUUUGUUACUUCUACUCCCACAAGCUCGUAUGACUCGUGCACGCCUUUUAAAAUAUCUGAAUAUGGAGGCGUCUGGUCACUUGAAGUCAUUUCAUUCUCAACAAAGACCUAACAGUCUUGUGCAUUUGGAUGCAUAUUGUAUUAUAUUAUUAUGGAUAGGUCAUGUGGUCACGGUGGCAUCUAUUAUGUCUUCAGAAGAUCAUAUGCCUUUUUGGCUAUUGUAUGCAGUUCAACUAUCGUUUUCUUCAGAUGGAUCUUCUGGAAGUGUGGAGUUUGAUUUACUAGGUGAAAAGAUAAGAAAUAUGCAAAGGACUCAUCCUGAUACUCUCGUCUCUGCUACCCUACUGGUGUGUGCACAUCGUAUUCACGAAGCAAUUGAAUUACUGUUAAGUUAUGACAAAGUUAAAGAAGCUUUAAUUCUGGCUCAUUUACGUUUAGAAUCAUCAUCAUCAGAAGUUGUAAUAUACACAGAAAAGUGUAUAAAACGGUUAACCGAUCAUCGUUCAAGUUCAGUUGAAAAGUCAUUCUUUCCAAUUCUAUUGAAUAUUGGAAAUAAACAAUGGAUAAAUGCUACGAAUAUGGUACAUCGUGAAGCUGGAAUUUCUAAAAUACGACCUGGUAAAGAGAUUGAACAACUUGCUUGGUGUUGGAUUGGUAUUAAUCUUCUUCUAAAUGCAUCAUCAUCAUCUUCAAAUGAUAAUGAUUAUUUGUCAAAUGAAUGUCUGCGUUUAUCAUCAAUGUGUUUAACAGUUAGUUUUUGGUUAUUUCUACACCUCGUGUCAGGUGAACGCAAUGAUAUAGAAUAA